AUGAUGACUACCAACAAUGGUUCCCUAUCAAUAGUCAAAGUCCACUUGGACCAUGGUGCGCGAAUAACGUAUGUUGAUUAUUCUUUUGAGGAUGGUAUAACAGUUACUAGCAAAGGUUCACAGAUGGAUCUGCUAAAGAUUCUAUCUAUCUUCACCUUGAUUGACUUCUCAUGCAACAAUUUCAGUGGACCAAUACCUAAGGAAAUAGGAGAAUUCAAAUCACUAUAUGUCCUUAACUUGUCCGGAAAUGCGUUCACAGGCGAAAUCCCACCAUCGUUUGGUAACAUGGGGGUACUUGAGUCCUUGGACCUGUCACAUAACAAGCUGAGCGGACAAAUUCCACCACAGUUGGUAAAGCUUACUUUCCUCGAAGUCUUGGAUCUCUCAAAUAAUCAAUUGGUCGGCAGAAUCCCAACCGGUACUCAAUUUUCAACAUUUCCAAAAGACUCAUUUACAGGUAACAAAGGAUUAUGGGGACCUCCUUUGACGGUGGAUGAUAAAGCAGGAUUGCAACCACCACCAACAGUGAAUGGAAGGCCUCCAAAUUUUGGACAUCAUCGUGAGGUGAAUUGGGAUCUUAUCAGUGUUGAAAUUGGAUUUACAUUUGGCUUUGGAGUUGCCGUUGGGUCACUUGUGUUGUGCAAGAAAUGGAGUAAGUGGUAUUACAGAGCUAUGUACAACAUCCUUCUCAAGAUAUUCCCUCAGCUAGAGGAAAGAAUUGGUAUUCAUCGAGGACAUGUUCACAUAAAUCAAAGGUGGUGGAGACGUUGA